AUAAAUUGCUUGAUACUUGAUACAAUGCGCAUAAAUCGAUGAGGUUAAGAAUUGUGUGUGCGUGUUUCUAUUACAAACAAUUUUUAUAAAAUUGGCAUGAAAAUUUUAAUACGACCUCAACACGCAAAUUAUUAUAUUUAUGCACUUAAUAUUAUAAAAUAAAAUUUUUAUGUUUUAGAGUUAGUUAUCUUACAUUUAUGUACAAUAAGAUACAGAAUAAAUGGGAGUGUUUUGCAAAAUAUACCGACCACUAUGGUUCUGGCAUUGUAAAUUUCACAAAAGCGCAUAUUUUUUUUUAGACCAGAUUCCUAAUUCUAGGAAAACUGUCCCCUUAAAUAUUAUUAUUGCGGAAAAUGCGAAAAAUAUCUAUGAGAAAAUAAAGAGAAAUCAAAACAUAGAAUGGGCGAGCAUACGAGAAAAAUUUCUUAAAAUUCAACAAAUCACUCCAACUAUUGUAGAUUCUACAAUUAUAGACAUGUGUCUUAAAGAUUUUCAAGUGGAUGCAGCUAUUGCAUAUUUUAAAUUUCUGAGAGAAAACAAUUAUCCUCUGAAUGUGGCAGUGAUCGGAAAGUAUUUAAGACUCUAUUUUCUGAAACGCGAUUCCUUGACUGAUGUAGAUAAAGCAGAAAUUGUAGAAACAUAUAAUGCUUUAAGAAAGCAAUAUCAAUAUUUGGACUCUGGUACAGCUGAACAUUGUGUAGUAAGUUUGUGUUUAACAGAUCAAUGGGAAAAAACAUAUGAAAUAAUAGAAAUGAUAAAGAUUACUACCAAUCCAGGCACAUCUGCAUAUUCUGCAUUAGCUGGUGCAGCAUUUAGAAAUGGAAAACCUGACAUUGCAUGGAAAGCAUUGUUAGAAAUAACAUCACGUAGACUAAUUCCACAAGAUAUCGUGUAUACAUCAUAUCUGCAAUAUUGCGAACUAGAAGGAACAAAUAUUUUUAAUGAUAGAAUGAAAGAAAUGUUUAAAUUCUGGGCUGAGCACAGCAUAAAGCCAUAUAAUCGUAUCAUAAGUGCAUAUAUUAAUACAGCUACCAAAUAUGGCUGGUCUGCAGCACCCACAACUAUCUCCAUUACAGGUAGUUGUAAACAUUGUGGACAUUCUUUGUCUGAGAUAACAUUCAGUGAAAAGAAUUUUCGGAAUCUGGCCGAGUCUAUAAUGAAAAGAGUGAUUAUAGGAUCGGAUAUUUACUACAAGACCAAUCCACGAGAAUUGGAAAGAUUUAAAAAAUUCAUUGAGCAAACUAAACCUUAUGACAUAGUAAUUGAUGGACUCAAUAUGACUUACAUUCAAAAUAAUUAUGCACCUACAUUACAAACGUUGCUUAAAGUGAUUGACUACUUCAAUAAACGUGGUCAGAAAAUUCUUGUGUUAUCACGGAAACAUCAUAAGAAGCUGCCUAUUUUCAAAUACGUAGAGCAACGUGCAUUUGUCUUUUUGACAGACAACUUGUCUGUUGAUGAUCCUUAUAUACUUUAUGCAACCAUGUCAAGUGGCAAGAAUGCCAAGUUUGUGUCAUUGGAUUUAAUGCGACAACAUAAACAUUCUUUAAAAGACGUGCAUUUGCAAAGAGAAUUUAGAAAAUGGCAAUGCUCGCAUCAGUAUUUUGUAAUGAAAACCGCAACCGGUAUACGCAUUCAGGAACCUUUUGUUUAUAUGCCAACUGUACAGAAAAAUGGCAACUUCUGGCAUGUGCCUUAUGUCAAUGAUGAUUUUACAUAUGCAGAGUCAUUUGAAUUCCCAGAUAAAUGGUACUGUUUGAAAUACAACAAAAAUUAAUAAAUUUUGUUUUAGUUACAAUAUAAAUUUUGUUAUUAAGUAUAUCAAUGUUGGAUAAAAGUUCUUGUUAAAUUUUUAUCUUCAAAUAGAACACUACUGUGCUUUCUUUAUAAUUCCCACUACAGUGAGAAUUUUGUAACUUUUGUAUUAACAGAUUUGUCUUAUUAUAAAGGGAUAUAUAAAUCCCUCUCAAAUAUAUCCAUUUAUCUUAUAUGCAAGGGCAUAAAGUGAGUUCAAAUCAGUAUUGGGCAUUUAAAUAUAAAAUAUAAUAGCUUAUGUUUAUGUGUAAGUAAAUGUUUAACAUUUAUAUCAACAUUAAUGUAUGUAAACGUAUAUAGAAAAUACGUGAACAAUUCACGUAAAUGUAAUUUUUGAAAUCUUGCAACUCGAGUCGAACCCGAGAUAUAGAUCUAGAUCUAGAUUAGAUGAACAGGUAUCUGCUUUACCCACUAAGAUAUCCAAUUCGAUGUCCGCAUAUAUCGAAUAUCGGACUCCAUCAGACAUUAGAACCUCCCAUAAGGUUCAGUAAUUCGUCUUGUGAAUAUCAGCCUAGUUGGUUGCGAGCGCCACACGUAAUGGAGUCGCUCUAGUCGCGAUUUUAUGAUCGGUUGGGAUGCUUAUCGCGCACAAUAAUUUUGCUUAGUGCGAUUCCUCGACAUUACGUUUCCUCUCGCUGACAUUCCGUCCGAUUUUUCGUGAACGCAUUUUCGCAUCAACCAGUGAUUGCGAUAUUCUCGCUCUAAGCUCGCCCUUACAAGGCAUAUGACAUGUGCUGAUCGAGGCUUACACUUGUGCCUCGCCAUUUUUGUCUGUCGUCCCCGAGAACGGUUUCAGAGAACGAGAUCUCUGUCGUAUUUUUGUCGCGCGAAAACAGUCGUAAGAGCGAUCUUCUCCGAAAUUGUGACGCUCCAGUAUUGAUUCCGUGCAAAAGUCAAUUUUCUAUUCCCGCGGCCAGAGUUCUGACGGCUUCAUCCACGAAAGAGAAAGAGAGACCGGUUUCUUUUGGCGUGGAUCUGGGCAGGACCUCCCAAAGACAGCCCAGGAUAUAUUUCUAAGGAUUUCUCCAAGAUAUUCUAGCAAUCUCAGAUCCCAGAUCCACGUGCCGGUGGGAUGCUACAUUGAAGCAAGGCAGUGGCGAUCUUGCAUGGACCAUUCGCAAGA